AUGCGCCUUCCUCAGCAUAAGCAUUACCCUGGGUUCUUCAGACAGAUAAAGAACUGUGAGAGCCCUUCGCAUUUUCCGCAUUUUGCCUCCUCCCUAUUCAGCCUAUCGCUCACCGAAUUUAACAUGCCUCUGUACGAGCCUUUGCCGGACGAUAGUGUGCGGCUGCUUCGGCUUUUGCCACUGUCAGACGGUCAUAAAGGAAUCGACUGCCAGCUUUUUACCUGCCCUCUCUUGAAAUCCGGAAGUACACAUCCUUAUGAAGCCUUAUCAUACGUAUGGGGACCCGAGGACAAUCAACAUUCUAUCCGCAUAAACAACUGCGAAGUUUCUGUCCGAAACAACCUUUAUGAAGCGCUAUCGUGUCUUCAAGAUCCGUUCAUCGAGCGGAUCAUAUGGAUAGAUGCUAUUUGUAUCAACCAAGAAGACAUCAAUGAAAAAGGACAGCAGGUUCAGUGUAUGGCAAAAAUCUAUUCCAGAGCCAGUCGUGUAAUAGUUUGGCUUGGAGAGGUCGCAGACCAGAGCAAUGAAGCGCUAGAAGCAAUACGAGCGGCUGCCGAAGAACAAUCUAUGAAUUCUACGGCUAUCGAAGAACAACUUAUGGAUUCUACAGCUAUCGAAGAACAAUCUGUCAGCUCUGCGGCUGUCGAAGAACAAUCUGUCAGCUCUGCGGCUGUCGAAGAACAAUCUGUGAACUCUGCAACCGACGAAGCGAUCCUUGCACUGCUUGACCGGCCAUGGUUUACGCGUAUCUGGGUCCUCCAGGAAGUUGCUGCAGCCCGACAUAUCUUGAUCAAGUCUGGCCGCACAGAAAUCGAUGGAUUUGCAUUCUGCUCAGGCUUAACUGCACUUAAAAUAUCCUAUGGAACAAAUCAGAGCCUUCGCGAUAUAAUACGUACGACAGCCUACCUGAUAAGAGGCGCAGUUUUCCGGCCUCGAUAUGAAGGACGAGAGACGAGUCAACUAGGCAGGUUUGCGCUAAAUAUACGUCCUCUAAGUCAGCUAGUCGACACCUAUCAUACUCGCCAGGCUACUGACCGUCGCGAUAAAAUCUAUGCCCUGCUGGGUAUGAGCUCUGACUCUUCGGGUGAUCUUAACAAUGCAGGCUUAUCGCCCAACUACCAAACCCCAUGGAAAGAAGUCUUUCGGAACCUUGUCAAAUUCUCUACAUCUGACCAGAUGUCGGUGACCGUUUGGGAUGAUAAAGAGGUGGCGGUUAUUAAGGGCAAGGGCUGCUUUCUUGGCCACGUAUCUGAAGUUAAAAGCCAUCAUACUCGAGAUGACAUACAAAUUGUAACGUUUCUUUGGCAGAGGCCUUUUUACCAGGAAGGAAACCAGAACUCUCGCUUGACCUUCCCAGCUUCGGCGAAACCCAUCCAGGAAGGAGAUGCGGUAUAUUGUCUGCAGGGAGCACUGAUGCCUUCAAUCAUGAGGCUGUGUGGCGGUUAUUUAGCUGUUAUCGCGAUGGCAAUCCCCUUACCAGAAUAUACACGACCAAUCACGACAUUUCGACAUGAACUUCCAGUCGUCUGGGACUGGGAGGCCUCACCAGGCAAAGCGCAAGAUGGCGCAUAUGAUGAAGGUCUGAUAGCGAGCCCGAAGAAGCCCAAGUGCCCAAGCACAGAGUGCAAGUGCCAAGAUUAUCUGCACGAAUCUAGUGAAUUAUGGGACUUGGGGCUGAUAUUGAAUGGACUGGAAAGAUACGAAGAAGCAGGGAAUACCUUCCAAAAAGCCGUGAAAUUUUAUGGAACAGCUUUGGAAACCGCAAAAGCUAGUCACGGUCAUUGGACAAACUCAAAUAACGAGGCGCUGAGUGUAAUGGAUGAUUUAAUCAACGAGGAACAGGGCGCCGACACCGCGCUGAAGGUUAAGGAGAAGAGGAUGCCGCUCUCACAAGCAGCAGCAAGUGGGAAUGAAUCCUUUGUGCGGCUGCUGCUUGACACAGGCAGUGACGUUGACGUAAAGGAUGAUGACGGCAGGACACCAUUAUUCCACGCUGUUGACAAUAAACGCGAGGCUAUGAUACAGCUACUGCUUGAUAGGGGCGCCACCAUUGAAACUGGUGAUGAAUCAGGCACGACGCCUCUUUCGCAGGCUGCCGUGAAAGGGCAUGCGGCUAUUAUACGGCUGCUGCUUGACAGAGGCGCUGAUAUUGAUGCUUGCGACACCGAAUGGGGAAGGACGCCACUUUCGCAGGCUGCUGUAAAUGGGCAUAAGGAUAUUGCGCGGCUGCUGCUGGAUGAGGGCGCUGAUAUUGUUGCAAUGGAUUAUCGGCAUAGGACUCCAUUAUAUCAUGCUGUUCUAAAUGGGCAUAAGGAUCUUGUGCGGCUGCUGCUGGAUGAGGGCGCUGAUAUUGAUGCUCGUAAUAAUGCAGGAAUGACGCCGCUUUCGCGGGCUGCUGCAAAUGGGCAUGAGGACCUUGUGCGGCUGCUGCUUGAUAGGGGUGCCAAUAUCGAUGCCGGUGAUAAUUAUGGUGGUGAUCCGCUAUCGUCGGCUGCUGGGAAGGGACAUACGGCCAUUGUGCAGUUGCUGAUUGAUAAGGGUGCCGACAUUGAGGCUGGAUCUCCUCUGUUGCAGGCUGCUAAGAAAGGACAUACGGCCACUGUACAAUUCCUGAUUGAAAAGGGCGCUACUGUUGAUCAUAAGCCGCUAUGGUGGGCUGUUCAGAAUGGGCAUGAGGCUGUUGUGCGGCUCCUGCUCGAUAAGGGUGCUGAUAUUGAGGCUGGGUCUCCUCUGGCGCACGCUGCUAGGCAAGGACAUACGGCCAUUGUGCAGUUGCUGAUUGAUAAGGGUGCCGAUAUUGAUGCUGAAUCUCCUCUGGCGCACGCUGCUAGGCAAGGACAUACGGCCAUUGUGCAGUUGCUGAUUGAUAAGGGUGCCGAUAUUGAUGCUGAAUCUCCUCUGUCGCACGCUGCUAGGCAAGGACAUACGGCCAUUGUACAGUUGUUGAUUAAAAAGGGCGCUACUAUUGAUCCUAAGUCGCUAUGGGAGGCUGCUAAGAAAGGGCAUGAGGAUGUUGUGCAGCUGCUGCGUGAUAAUGGCGCUAAAGACUGA